AUGGAUUUACUUGUUGCUGUGAAGAUCCUCAACAAUUCAAAUGAAAAGGGGGAAGAUUUUAUAAAUGAAGUGGGAACAAUGGGUCGAGUUCACCAUAUAAAUAUGGUUCGUAUGGUUGGCUUCUGUGCUGAUGGAUAUAUUCAAGCUCUUGUUUACGAGUUCUUACCAAAUGGUUCAUUGAAGAAUUUCUUAUCAUCAGCUGAUGAUAGGAGCUCUUUCCUUGGUUGGGAUAAGUUGCAAGAAAUUUCUUUAGGUAUAGCCAAAGGAAUUGAAUAUCUUCACCAAGGUUGUGACCAACGAAUCCUCCAUUUUGAUAUCAAACCCCACAAUAUUUUGUUGGACCAGAAUUUUACACCAAAAGUCUCUGAUUUUGGUCUAGUAAAGCUAUGCUCUAAGGAUCAAAGUGCAAUAUCCAUGACUACAGCUAGGGGGACUAUUGGUUACAUAGCGCCCGAAGUGUUCUCUAGGAACUUUAGUCAUGUCUCUUAUAAGUCAGAUGUCUAUAGUUUUGGAACUUUGUUGCCUGAAAUGGUUGGAGGGAGGAAAAAUUUUGAAAUCAUGGAGGACUCCACAAGACAAGUCUACUUUCCAAAAUGGAUCUAUAAUCUUUUAGAACAAGGGAAUGACCUACGGAUUCAUAUUGAGGAUGAAGGAGAUGCUAAGUUUGCUAGAAAACUUGCAAUUGUGGGUCUUUGGUGCAUGCAAUGGCACCCAAUAGAUCGUCCUUCGAUGAAAGUUGUAGUUCAAAUGUUGGAAAGAGAAGGUGACAAUCUAACCAUGCCUCCCAAUCCCUUUUCAUCCACUUCGAAUUGA